AACGACAUCUUGCGCCUGCGUCGACUUAAAGCCCAACUCACGCCCCGAGCGCCAACAUCAAACUCCACGGAGUGGUCAACGAGCAGUCAGUCGCCGGCCCGCGCAUCGCAGUGCGUAACGCAACCAGUGUACCGUGACAGUGCAUAACUUAUAUACAAUGACCAACUACAUCAAAAUCGCGAUAGUGCUGUGCGUGUGCGUUGUGCUCACGACCGCACAGUUCGGGUACGGAAACGAAUACGACAACUUCUUCGCGACCAGCUUUGGCGCUCCCAACCUAGGGGGGCUCUCAGCUGCGGCAGCUAGGGACCCCAGAGCCAAUACAGGUCCUGUUGUGUUCCCCCCCUCGCCCCCCGGCGACCCGUCCCAGACCAGCGGUGUGGUGGUUGGUGCAUCUGGCUACGGCUUUGUGCCAGCUGGCUCACAAGUUCCGUCUGCGCCACGGUACUUCUACCAAGGAUUCUUUUUAAGAUAACCACUUAGCGAAUUGUACCCUAACUUGUACAAAUAAUUUAAUUCCCUCAUGUACCUUAUUGUAUAAAUAUCGUUACAAAAAUAAAGCUAUUGUAUUUUAGAUGUUGCUGUGCAAUAAUUAAAAUAAAGAAAUAAUUUAUAACUGUUACAAAUCUGUGAUAACGUAGGUACAGCUGAAAAUAUCGUUUUUGUGUAAUUCUUACCUGGAUAUUACCAUGAAAUGAUAUUGCAAAUUGGUGACAAUAGUAGUGGCUGUACGGUGAUAGUAAAUAAACUGGUCUGUAUGUAUGUAAAUAAUGUGAUUGAUGCCAUUGCGAAA